UAGUUAAGAUCGAGUACUUAAAUGGAUCACAAAACGAUCUUAACAAAAACUUUGUUAAGAUUCGUCUUAGUCAAAUAAAAAGAAAUGGUCAUAGCAACUCACGUGGAGUUUGGCGCGUAUACGGUAAAUGUGGAACUCUCUAAUGUUUAGGAGAUACAAUAUUUUCGUCUGCAUACAUUAGUAACGCUAUUGCGCAAUGGAUGUCGAAGUUCCUGAAACUCCAAAGAAAAGGUCGAGGAAAUCAAACUGGGACCCCAGGGACGAAAUAACUUUAAUCGAAGAGGUACAAAAGCGGGAGAAGAUACUAUUUGGAAAGUUAGACGGGCCAGGGAGGACGACAGUAGACAAGUCAAAGGCCUGGAAAGAGGUCACUGACCUAGUCAAUGCUGGAAGUACAAUAAUUUGCAGAGAUGUGAAUGAAAUAAAAAAGAAAUACCAGAACAUCAAACAGAAAGCAAAAGAAAAAAGAAGUGCCAUUUUGAAUCCUAAAACAGGGGGAGGGAAAAAACCAGCAUCACCGAAUGCAAGUGAGCAGUUGUUGUUGGACAACUUAGAAGGGAGACCGAGUCUAUGUGGCCUUGCCAGUGGAAUAGACACUGCAGCUGAAUCAGUUGUGGAUUUCUUGGAUGACAACCAUGCCUUGCAUGAAUUUGAUUUGACCAGCGAGACCACUCAGCUUGAGCAUUUAAAUUUAAUGUUUCCACAAACACAGCCUCUGCCCUCCACAUCUACUACUUCAUCAACAGAGUUUCCACUAAAAGUAACGUCAGAAAUGCUUCUUCAAGAAGAACUCAUUAACAUCAGAGAAAGAAGAAAGCUCAUUAAGGAACAACAACAGCUAGUCCAUCUUCAAAAACAACAUGUAAUGUUAAAAAUUAAAGAGAAAAAUCCCUCCUUCAAUUUCGAACACUUUAUGAAUGAAAUGUAAAUAUUAUGAAAUAUAUAUAGCAAUAACUACAGGUUUUGCAUGUGCAAUGUGCCUGAGAUCACAACAUAUGAAUUAACAUCCAUGUGUUUCAAACAAAGAAGUGACACAUGCCUUGAUUUGGCUUAAUAUUGUAUUGCCGUAAUGGGAGGGGUAUUGCAUGGGUGUUGAUUAACAUUUGUUGUGACCUCAUAGUUGAUUUUUAAGAGGUUUUCUGAUCACAAUUUAUCUGGCGUCCAUCAGAUCUGUAAACAUAACUUUUAUUUUAUGUUUUCUCUCUGCAUGGUCCUCUGGCUGAAUUAUAAGUGUCUCUCUGGUCAAAUUAAAUUUAUAUUGGCAUGUAAAAUGUAUUCUUCAU